CGUGACGAAGUCGCUCAGAAAAAUCUGCCUGUUGGCCGACAGUGCGGGGUUCAUCAGAGCCUGAGCGACUGCCAGCCCUGUGUUGUCGGAAGUGGUGGCUGUAAAUAGAUUCUAGUACGUCCGUAACAGAUGUCAGCGUUGGCGAUGCAACCAUCGUGGCAUGAUGGCUGCCAACACGUUCACUAAAUGCAUGCUGAUGGAGUCUGUCAGCCUGAAUAUUGAAAAGCAUAUGCUACACCGGGGCAUUCCUAACGUGUUACAUCUGUGCAUAGGCGUGCAGGAUGGUCCUAAACGUUCAUACGCUUGGAAUCAGGCUCGGAGCUGGACUCGCCGAGUUAGAAGAAAAGGAGAGCCUGAAGAGGCGGGAAACGCCGGGGAUGCCGGACAUUGGGUCCAGCCGCGGCCAACAUCACACCUCAAUCCUUUCGAUAACCACCACCUUCCAUCAGGCUAUCUACCUUCAAUGCCAGUGGGUUGGUAUAGGGAGCUAAAAGUGGUGAUGGAAGCUAAUUUCUGAGAAAUUCACGGUUGAGCCACAGCAAGACAGCGAGCACCAAGCCCGUGUCCUAACCUCUCCUGAUGCUAACCCAACGCAGCAGCUCGACCAUGGGUUGAAGACGAAACAAAUCUAGCUCCCGCACGUUGUUUGCCAAUGGCGCGCUCACAGCCACACGCCGGCCC